UCGAAUUUGUGUAUAAAACAGUUAUAGCAUGUCUUCUUCUCCCCAUUCCAUAUAUAGAGUUGAGAAAAAUAAGAAAAAAAAAACAACUAGAAUUUAUAACUGAAAAAAGCAAAACCGCCUAAAUAACAAAUCAUUCGAAUGUUCCGCCAUGAAGCUGUCAAGGGAAGAAAAGAAAUAUUGGAAAACAUUUGACCCUUAGUGCUGAAGUGGACAUUAAUUUCUUGUUUCUUGAUCUUUAUUGUAAUAACACCAUAAAAGUAGGCAAAUUAUAAAUAAAAAUGAAUUACAUAAUCGUCUUAAAAAAAAGUCUCAGGAGCCGGAAAACUGGAAUUAUUGCAGGAAAACCUCAUGAACAAAAAUUAAUCUCGACCAAUGGCCUACAUGAAGAGACUUAAAUUAUUAUUUGUUUAUUUUAAGGAUGUUUUAUCAGCCAUGGACAAGGAAGACCUCAUACAAGAAGUCAUCUCUUUGAAUGGGCAGGUCAACUCCUUGGAGGAAACCUUCAGCUGCCUGAACCUGGAGAAAGGUAAGAUAGAGGAAGCUUUUGAUAGUUUGAGAAAGCAAAUCUCAGGCCGGGGAGAUGACAGCCAAGAUGAAGGCGAAGCAAACGAAAGCAAAUCCAGUGAUAAAAAUAGUUCCCUUAGUCAAUUCUCCUCAAUGGAAACUGCCCUCAAACGGAGCCAGGAAAGAGAAUCUGAACUACAACAUGAGGUGGUUAAUGCUGAAAAGAAGAUCUCUAACUUGGAAUACCAACUGAAGACGUCUAAGGAGAAGCUGAAUACGGCAGAAUUAUCCAUUAAGGAUUCUGAACAGCAAGUUCUUUCUCUUAAGGAGGAGCUUCUGAUGUUCAACAAAAAGGAGACAACGUUGGCGGACAGCAACAAGCAGAAUGAAUACCUGCAGAAGGAAAUCAAAGAUCUGAAAUCGAGUGUCAACGUAUAUCGUCAGGAGAUAUCGGACAAGGAUGGCGAUAUCAAGAGACUUCGAGCUUCCAUAGCAGACAAGCAAUCCAUCAUGGAGGGGUACGUUGCCGAGAUCACCAGAAUGAAAGAUGCAGCGAAGACCGAAAAGUCCUCAAACAAAGAGUACGAGUCCUUGAAGCUUAAAUUUGAUGAAGUUUGCAAGGAGAGAGAUUCAUUACAACGUGAAGUCGCUCGGUUGGUCGCGAAGAGGCAAACAGACGUCUCUGUGGAGUUGGAGAAUCAAACGGAUGGUUACCGCAGACAACUUCGUGAUAAAGAUGAGACCAUUCAUCGAUUGCGUAAAGAAAGUCUAACCUUACAGUCCGAGAGUGAGACAUGGAAAACCAGAGCGCUAUUAUCUGUUCCUCAAGUUGAGGGGAAGGAGUGCGACUCACUGCAACGCCGUUAUGAUAGCCUGUGGAGUGAGAAAGAAACCUUGAGAAAGGAGCUUGCUGAGAUGAUGACAAGACCCCACAGCUCGUCCGUGAAUGUUGAAAGCCAUCGGCAAGAGAUAAGGGAGAAGGAGAUCGCCAUAGACAGGCUCCGUUCCGAGAACAUCACACUACAGGCUCAAAUUGAGGCGCUGAAGAAGGAGGCGGUUGAUAUCAGCACAAGAUCUGACUACACAAUGAGAGUGUACACCAGUUCAGUCCAGUUGGACAGCAAUGAAGAAUUCUAUCGUACGGAGAUCAAAGAUAGGGAUGCAGUUAUCGACAAGCUGCGAUCGGAAACGAUGACUCUGCACGCCGAAAUAGACGGAAUGAAACGUGACAUGCGGUCUUACUACAGCAGAACCGAGUUUGAAGCUUUACAGUUGAAGUACGACGAAAUAUUGAAAGACAGGGAUGCCCUCCGUGAACAACUUUUGGAAGUCAGGUCAACAAGCGAAAGGGAUGUGUCUGUUCACAUUGAGAGCCGCAUGGAAGGAUUCCAACAAGAAGUAAGGGAGCGGGAAGCCUUAAUUGACAAGUUGCGCUCAGAGAACUUGAUCACCCGCAACGAGCUUGAAACAUUGAAGAGAGAAAUUGGCGGAAAGGCCUCUGUCACUGAUGGUUACCUUGGGGAAAUCGAACGCCUCAGGCAAGAGAUCGUAACCUUGAAGACCAGCAGUUCAGACUACGACACCCUGAAGAGGACUUACGAAGAAGUGUGCAAAGAGAGGGACUUUGUACGUAACCAGUUGAUGGAGUUCAAGACACAAAGCGAGAACGAAAUCUCAGUUCACCUCGAGAGCUAUUAUCAAGCCUACAAACAAGACGUCAGAGAGAAAGAAAUUGCCAUUGAUAGGAUGCGUACAGAAAAUACCACUUUGAAGGCUGAGUUGGAAGGAGUACGAAGAGAAAUGGCAACUUUCUACAAGAGAACAGAGUACGAGUCUUUGAAGCUUCAAUACGAUGAAAUGUGGAAGGAAAGGGACGCCCUCCGAGAGGAGCUGAUAGAUUUCAAGUCAAAAUCUGAGCGCGAUGUUCUGAUCCAAGUGGAAAACAAGACUGUUAUCUUCCAGAAAGAGAUCAGAGAAAAGGAAAUGGAGAUCGCCAAGCUUCGCUCCGAGGCCAUGUCAAUCCAGAUGAACUUUGAUGUGCUCAAGCGAGACUUUGAGAGCAAACAACACUUGAUCGAAGGCUUCCAAUCCGAGAUUGAGCGACUCAAAGGCGACAUCAUCACACUCAAGUCAACAACGGUCACCACCACAGAAUACGAGUCACUGCGACGAAUGUACGAAGACGUGUUGAAGGAGAGAGAUGCCAUUCGACUUGAGCUGAUUGAGUUUAGAUCUAACAGCGAGCGCGAACUUGCUAUCCAAGUGGAAAACCAAAUCAGAGUCUACCGUGAGGAGAUCAGGGACAAAGAAGUCGCCAUUAGCAACUUCCGUUCUGAAAACAUGAAGUCCCAAGCAGAGUUUGAGACACUCAAGAGAGAAGCUGACAGCAAGCAGUAUAUGAUAGAUGGAUACUUGGUGGAGAUCGACCGCCUGAAGAACGAGAUCAGUGCAUUAAACAAACGCAUUGUGGAGUUCGAGUCUGUCAAGCGAUCUUACGAAGAUGUCUGCCGAGAACGUGAUUACAUCCAGAGGCAGUUUGCAGAUUUCAAAUCCAGGAGCGAACAAGAUACAACCUUUCAAAUUCAAAUCCAAACUGAUGGUUUCCGACAAGAGAUCAAAGAGAAAGAUCUGGCCAUUGAAAGAUUCUCGUCCCAGAACAAACUUCUUAUGGAAGAGGUUGAUGGAUUGAAGAGGGAACGAAGCACUUUCUACAGCAAAUCAGAAUACGAUUCCUUGAGGCAACAGUAUGAAGAAAUGUGGAAAGAAAGAGAUGCUCUUCGUGGACAGAUUGCUGAGCUAAGAUCCAAGAGUGAAAGGGACCUAAUCGUUCAGAUAGAAAGUCGCACCGAAACGUACCGCACAGAGAUAAGAGAGAAAGAAACCAUCAUCAGUCGCUUGCAGUCCGAGAGCAUGAAGUACCAGACAGAAAUAGAUGGUCUGAAGAGGCAACUGGGCAACCAGGAGGCUUAUCUGAUUGAAAUUGAACGCCUAAAGAAAGAAGUUAACGCACUGAGAUUCCCAGACAUCCGUGGUAGCGCAGAGUUUAUCUCCUUGCAGCGAACUUACGAAGAAGUUUGUAAAGAACGAGAUGCAUUAAGAGGCCAAGUUGUUGACAUCAAGAUGAAGGGAGAUCAAGAGCACGAAAACCAAGUGAGAAUCUACCGUGAAGAAAUCAGGGAGAAAGAAGAAGAAAUCAACAGACUUCGAUCAGAGGGCAUGACAUUCAAGGCUGAAAUUGAAGGAUUCAAAAGAGACCUCGGCAACCAAGAGGCUUAUCUGAUUGAAAUUGAACGUUUGAAGAAAGAGGUUAACACACUGAGAUUCCCAGACAUCCGUGCCAGCGCAGAGUUUAUCUCCUUGCAACAAACUUACGAAGAAGUUUGCAAAGAGCGAGACGCACUGAGAGGCCAAGUUAUUGACAUCAAGAUGAAAGGAGACCAAGAGCAUGAAAGCCAAGUCAGAAUCUACCGUGAAGAGGUCAGAGAGAAAGAAGUAGAAAUCAACAGACUUCGAUCAGAAGGAAUGGCAUUCAAGGUUGAAAUUGAAGGAUUUAAAAGAGAUCUCGGCAACCAGGAGGCCUAUCUGAUUGAAAUUGAACGCCUCAAGAAGGAAGUUACCACACUUAGAUUCCCUGACAUCCGUGGUAGCGCAGAGUUUAUCUCCUUAAAGCGAACCUACGAAGAAGUCUGUAAAGAACGAGACGCAUUGAGAGGCCAGGUUGUUGACAUUAAGAUGAAGGGAGACCAAGAGCAUGAGAACCAAGUCAGAAUCUACCGUGAAGAGAUCAGAGAGAAGGAAGUAGCAAUGGAAAAUCUUCGCGUGGAAAGCAUGUCAUUUAAGGCCGAAAUUGAAAGAUUAAAGAGAGAUCUCGGUAAUCAAGACGCCUAUUUGAUUGAAAUAGACCGCUUGAAGAAGGAAGUCAACACAUUAAGGUUCCCAGACAUCCGUGGCAGCGCAGAGUUUAUCUCCUUGCACCGAACUUACGAAGAAGUUUGCAAAGAACGAGAUGCACUGAGAGGCCAAGUGGUUGACAUCAAGAUGAAGGGAGACCAAGAGCAUGAAAGCCAAGUGAAAAUUUAUCGCGAAGAGAUCAGCGAGAAAGAAAUGGAAAUCAACAGGCUUCGAUCAGAAGGAAUGGCAUUCAAGGCUGAAAUUGACGGAUUCAAGAGAGACCUCCGCAACCAGGAAGCCUAUUUGAUCGAAAUUGAACGCCUCAAGAAAGAAGUCAACACAUUAAGGUUCCCGGACAUCCGUGGUAGUGCGGAGUUCGUCUCCUUACAGCGCACAUACGACGAGGUUUGCAAAGAACGAGAUACACUGAGAGGCCAGGUUAUAGAUAUCAAGAUGAAGGGAGACCAAGAGCAUGAAAACCAAAUCACAAUGUACCGUGAAGAGAUUAGAGAGAAGGAAAUUGAAAUCAACAGACUUCGCACCGAAAUCAUGACAUUUAAGGCAGAAAUUGAAGGAUUGAAGAGGGACCUGACGACCACUAAGCAGCGAAGUGAGAUAGAGGUGGAACGCGUUAGGAAGGAAUCAUCAGUAAUAAGCCCUUCCGUUAUCCGCAGCAGUGCCGAGUUUGUCACCCUACAACGAUCAUAUGAAGCAAUCUGCCAAGAGAGAGACAGCCUCCGCCAGCAAAUGAUCGACACGAGAACAAAGAACGAGCGUGAAGUGUCCAUUCAAAUCGACAAUCAAGCAAGAGUUUACCGUGAAGAAAUCAAGGAGAAAGAUGCCGCUUUACAGAUGCUUCGUUCAGAAGCGAUCACACUUCGAGCUGAAGUCGAGUCGCUAAAGCGUGACCUCCGAAUUGCACAGGAAACACCUGUACAUGACACGAAGAUGGAACAAGAACUGUUUAACCUGAGAACAAAGUUUGCCAAACUCCAAGAAGAAUACAACAUCGUCAUGUUGGCAAAGAGCAAGUUGGAGGAGGAGAUGGUCAUCAAAGUCAACAGUGGAAUGGCUGACAAACAAGACUACAUCUACAAGAUUGAGAAGGAGAAUAGAGAAUUGAAGUCCGAGAACGAGUAUUACGAGAAGACCUCAACAACGGUCACCACCACAGAAUACGAGUCACUGCAACGAAUGUACGAAGACGUGUUGAAGGAGAGAGAUGCCAUUCGACUUGAGCUGAUUGAGUUUAGAUCCAACAGCGAGCGUGAACUUGCUAUCCAAGUGGAAAACCAAAUCAGAGUCUACCGUGAGGAUAUCAGGGAGAAAGAAGUCGCCAUUAGCAACUUCCGCUCUGAAAACAUGAAGUUCCAAGCAGAGUUUGAGACGUUCAAGAGAGAAGCUGACAGCAAGCAGUAUAUGAUAGAUGGAUACUUGGUGGAGAUCGACCGCCUGAAGAACGAGAUCAAUGCAUUAAACAAACGCAUUGUGGAGUUCGAGUCUGUCAAGCGAUCUUACGAAGAUGUUUGCCGAGAACGUGAUUACAUCCAGAGGCAGUUUGCAGAUUUCAAAUCCAGGAGCGAACAAGAUACAACCUUUCAAAUUCAAAUCCAAACUGAUGGUUUCCGACAAGAGAUCAAAGAGAAAGAUCUGGCCAUUGAAAGAUUCUCGUCCCAGAACAAACUUCUUAUGGAAGAGGUUGAUGGAUUGAAGAGGGAACGAAGCACUUUCUACAGCAAAUCAGAAUACGAUUCCUUGAGGCAACAGUAUGAAGAAAUGUGGAAAGAAAGAGAUGCUCUUCGUGGACAGAUUGCUGAGCUAAGAUCCAAGAGUGAAAGGGACCUAAUCGUUCAGAUAGAAAGUCGCACCGAAACGUACCGCACAGAGAUAAGAGAGAAAGAAACCAUCAUCAGUCGCUUGCAGUCCGAGAGCAUGAAGUACCAGACAGAAAUAGAUGGUCUGAAGAGGCAACUGGGCAACCAGGAGGCUUAUCUGAUUGAAAUUGAACGCCUAAAGAAAGAAGUUAACGCACUGAGAUUCCCAGACAUCCGUGGUAGCGCAGAGUUUAUCUCCUUGCAGCGAACUUACGAAGAAGUUUGUAAAGAACGAGAUGCAUUAAGAGGCCAAGUUGUUGACAUCAAGAUGAAGGGAGAUCAAGAGCACGAAAACCAAGUGAGAAUCUACCGUGAAGAAAUCAGGGAGAAAGAAGAAGAAAUCAACAGACUUCGAUCAGAGGGCAUGACAUUCAAGGCUGAAAUUGAAGGAUUCAAAAGAGACCUCGGCAACCAAGAGGCUUAUCUGAUUGAAAUUGAACGUUUGAAGAAAGAGGUUAACACACUGAGAUUCCCAGACAUCCGUGCCAGCGCAGAGUUUAUCUCCUUGCAACAAACUUACGAAGAAGUUUGCAAAGAGCGAGACGCACUGAGAGGCCAAGUUAUUGACAUCAAGAUGAAAGGAGACCAAGAGCAUGAAAGCCAAGUCAGAAUCUACCGUGAAGAGGUCAGAGAGAAAGAAGUAGAAAUCAACAGACUUCGAUCAGAAGGAAUGGCAUUCAAGGUUGAAAUUGAAGGAUUUAAAAGAGAUCUCGGCAACCAGGAGGCCUAUCUGAUUGAAAUUGAACGCCUCAAGAAGGAAGUUACCACACUUAGAUUCCCUGACAUCCGUGGUAGCGCAGAGUUUAUCUCCUUAAAGCGAACCUACGAAGAAGUCUGUAAAGAACGGGACGCAUUGAGAGGCCAGGUUGUUGACAUUAAGAUGAAGGGAGACCAAGAGCAUGAGAACCAAGUCAGAAUCUACCGUGAAAAGAUCAGAGAGAAAGAAGUAGCAAUGGAAAAUCUUCGCGUGGAGAGCAUGUCAUUUAAGGCAGAAAUUGAAAGAUUAAGGAGAGAUCUCGGUAAUCAAGACGCCUAUUUGAUUGAAAUAGACCGUUUGAAGAAGGAAGUCAACACAUUAAAGUUCCCUGACAUCCGUGGCAGCGCAGAGUUUAUUUCCUUGCAGCAAACAUACGAAGAACUUUGCAAAGAACGAGACGCACUGAGAGGCCAAGUGGUAGAUAUCAAGAUGAAGGGAGAACAGAACCUUGAAAACCAAGUCAGAAUUUAUCGUGAAGAGAUUAGGGAGAAGGAAGUAGAAAUCAACAGACUUCGAUCAGAAGGCAUAACAUUCAAGGCUGAAAUUGAAGGCUUCAAGAGAGACCUCGGCAACCAAGAGGCUUAUCUAAAUGAAAUUGAACGCUUGAAGAAAGAGGUUAACACACUGAGAUUCCCAGACAUCCGUAGCAGCGCAGAGUUUAUCUCCUUGCACCGAACUUACGAAGAAGUUUGCAAAGAACGAGAUGCACUGAGAGGCCAAGUGGUUGACAUCAAGAUGAAGGGAGACCAAGAGCAUGAAAGCCAAGUGAAAAUUUAUCGCGAAGAGAUCAGAGAGAAAGAAGUAGAAAUCAACAGACUUCGAUCAGAAGGAAUGGCAUUCAAGGCUGAAAUCGACGGAUUCAAGAGAGACCUCGCCAACCAGGAAGUCUAUUUGAUGGAAAUUGAACGCCUCAAGAAAGAAGUCAACACAUUAAGGUUCCCGGACAUCCGUGGUAGUGCGGAGUUCGUCUCCUUACAGCGCACAUACGAAGAGGUUUGCAAAGAACGAGAUACACUGAGAGGCCAGGUUAUAGAUAUCAAGAUGAAGGGAGACCAAGAGCAUGAAAACCAAAUCACAAUGUACCGUGAAGAGAUUAGAGAGAAGGAAAUUGAAAUCAACAGACUUCGCACCGAAAUCAUGACAUUUAAGGCAGAAAUUGAAGGAUUGAAGAGGGACCUGACGACCACUAAGCAGCGAAGUGAGAUAGAGGUGGAACGCGUUAGGAAGGAAUCAUCAGUAAUAAGCCCUUCCGUUAUCCGCAGCAGUGCCGAGUUUGUCACCCUACAACGAUCAUAUGAAGCAAUCUGCCAAGAGAGAGACAGCCUCCGCCAGCAAAUGAUCGACACGAGAACAAAGAACGAGCGUGAAGUGUCCAUUCAAAUCGACAAUCAAGCAAGAGUUUACCGUGAAGAAAUCAAGGAGAAAGAUGCCGCUUUACAGAUGCUUCGUUCAGAAGCGAUCACACUUCGAGCUGAAGUCGAGUCGCUAAAGCGUGACCUCCGAAUUGCACAGGAAACACCUGUACAUGACACGAAGAUGGAACAAGAACUGUUUAACCUGAGAACAAAGUUUGCCAAACUCCAAGAAGAAUACAACAUCGUCAUGUUGGCAAAGAGCAAGUUGGAGGAGGAGAUGGUCAUCAAAUCAACAACGGUCACCACCACAGAAUACGAGUCACUGCAACGAAUGUACGAAGACGUGUUGAAGGAGAGAGAUGCCAUUCGACUUGAGCUGAUUGAGUUUAGAUCCAACAGCGAGCGUGAACUUGCUAUCCAAGUGGAAAACCAAAUCAGAGUCUACCGUGAGGAUAUCAGGGAGAAAGAAGUCGCCAUUAGCAACUUCCGCUCUGAAAACAUGAAGUUCCAAGCAGAGUUUGAGACGUUCAAGAGAGAAGCUGACAGCAAGCAGUAUAUGAUAGAUGGAUACUUGGUGGAGAUCGACCGCCUGAAGAACGAGAUCAAUGCAUUAAACAAACGCAUUGUGGAGUUCGAGUCUGUCAAGCGAUCUUACGAAGAUGUUUGCCGAGAACGUGAUUACAUCCAGAGGCAGUUUGCAGAUUUCAAAUCCAGGAGCGAACAAGAUACAACCUUUCAAAUUCAAAUCCAAACUGAUGGUUUCCGACAAGAGAUCAAAGAGAAAGAUCUGGCCAUUGAAAGAUUCUCGUCCCAGAACAAACUUCUUAUGGAAGAGGUUGAUGGAUUGAAGAGGGAACGAAGCACUUUCUACAGCAAAUCAGAAUACGAUUCCUUGAGGCAACAGUAUGAAGAAAUGUGGAAAGAAAGAGAUGCUCUUCGUGGACAGAUUGCUGAGCUAAGAUCCAAGAGUGAAAGGGACCUAAUCGUUCAGAUAGAAAGUCGCACCGAAACGUACCGCACAGAGAUAAGAGAGAAAGAAACCAUCAUCAGUCGCUUGCAGUCGGAGAGCAUGAAGUACCAGACAGAAAUAGAUGGUCUGAAGAGGCAACUGGGCAACCAAGAGGGUUAUCUGAUUGAAAUUGAACGCCUGAAGAAAGAAGUUAACGCACUGAGAUUCCCAGACAUCCGUGCCAGCGCAGAGUUUAUCUCCUUGCGGCGAACUUACGAAGAGGUUUGUAAAGAGCGAGACGCACUGAGAGGCCAAGUUAUUGACAUCAAGACGAAAGGAGACCAAGAGCAUGAGAACCAAGUCAGAAUCUACCGUGAAGAGAUCAGAGAGAAAGAUGUAGAAAUCAACAGACUUCGAUCAGAAGGAAUGGCAUUCAAGGCUGAAAUUGAAGGAUUUAAAAGAGAUCUCGGCAACCAGGAGGCCUAUCUGAUUGAAAUUGAACGCCUCAAGAAGGAAGUUACCACACUUAGAUUCCCUGACAUCCGUGGUAGCGCAGAGUUUAUCUCCUUAAAGCGAACCUACGAAGAAGUCUGUAAAGAACGAGACGCAUUGAGAGGCCAGGUUGUUGACAUUAAGAUGAAGGGAGACCAAGAGCAUGAGAACCAAGUCAGAAUCUACCGUGAAGAGAUCAGAGAGAAGGAAGUAGCAAUGGAAAAUCUUCGCUUGGAAAGCAUGUCAUUUAAGGCCGAAAUUGAAAGAUUAAAGAGAGAUCUCGGUAAUCAAGACGCCUAUUUGAUUGAAAUAGACCGCUUGAAGAAGGAAGUCAACACAUUAAGGUUCCCAGACAUCCGUGGCAGCGCAGAGUUUAUCUCCUUGCACCGAACUUACGAAGAAGUUUGCAAAGAACGAGAUGCACUGAGAGGCCAAGUGGUUGACAUCAAGAUGAAGGGAGACCAAGAGCAUGAAAGCCAAGUGAAAAUUUAUCGCGAAGAGAUCAGAGAGAAAGAAGUAGAAAUCAACAGACUUCGAUCAGAAGGAAUGGCAUUCAAGGCUGAAAUCGACGGAUUCAAGAGAGACCUCGCCAACCAGGAAGUCUAUUUGAUGGAAAUUGAACGCCUCAAGAAAGAAGUCAACACAUUAAGGUUCCCGGACAUCCGUGGUAGUGCGGAGUUCGUCUCCUUACAGCGCACAUACGAAGAGGUUUGCAAAGAACGAGAUACACUGAGAGGCCAGGUUAUAGAUAUCAAGAUGAAGGGAGACCAAGAGCAUGAAAACCAAAUCACAAUGUACCGUGAAGAGAUUAGAGAGAAGGAAAUAGAAAUCAAGAGACUUCGCACCGAAAUCAUGACAUUUAAGGCAGAAAUUGAAGGAUUGAAGAGGGACCUGACGACCACUAAGCAGCGAAGUGAGAUAGAGGUGGAACGCGUUAGGAAGGAAUCAUCAGUAAUAAGCCCUUCCGUUAUCCGCAGCAGUGCCGAGUUUGUCACCCUACAACGAUCAUAUGAAGCAAUCUGCCAAGAGAGAGACAGCCUCCGCCAGCAAAUGAUCGACACGAGAACAAAGAACGAGCGUGAAGUGUCCAUUCAAAUCGACAAUCAAGCAAGAGUUUACCGUGAAGAAAUCAAGGAGAAAGAUGCCGCUUUACAGAUGCUUCGUUCAGAAGCGAUCACACUUCGAGCUGAAGUCGAGUCGCUAAAGCGUGACCUCCGAAUUGCACAGGAAACACCUGUACAUGACACGAAGAUGGAACAAGAACUGUUUAACCUGAGAACAAAGUUUGCCAAACUCCAAGAAGAAUACAACAUCGUCAUGUUGGCAAAGAGCAAGUUGGAGGAGGAGAUGGUCAUCAAAGUCAACAGUGGAAUGGCUGACAAACAAGACUACAUCUACAAGAUUGAGAAGGAGAAUAGAGAAUUGAAGUCCGAGAACGAGUAUUACGAGAAGACCGUGGACGAAAAGAAUGCAGCCAUUGGUGAUUUUCGCCUGAAGGUCAGAAACUUGCAGGAAAAAGUUGAGAAUCUGAAGAAAGAGAUUUUUGUCGCUGAAGAAGCCUACGAGAAAGCGGAACUUCGCCUGAAGGAGGUGCUGAAAGCAGACUACAAGCCUGUGACAACAUAUGAAGUCCGUCGCUAUCGACUCUCAACAGCGGAGUCCCCCACAGGCACCCAUAACAGUUCAGGAUCCACCUACGCUGUGAACAAAGCCGCGUCCAGUGAUGGUGACGCUUUGCAGUUUAGUGCCACAUCGACCCCAAUGAAAUCUGCGCUUGAUGGCGAACGUACAGAAGUUGUGCAUAACAGCGGCACCGUCACCACAUCAACAGGGCUAGACAGGGACCUGGCCAGGGCUGAAGGAAACUUUCAAAGUAGCGAGGAUACUACCACAAGUACCAAGACCGUGCUGAUGACAGACAAGGUUGACGGAGUCGCUGAUUCUGGUGUUGCUGGCACCAGUUACCGCUCUACGUAUUCCAGUCAGCCGUCAACCUACAGGACCACUUCUGCCACAACCUACCGUACAACCACAGGACGUACGUCUGUUUCUGGAGGGUCUGGCUACAGAACCUCCUACCCCACUGGGCGGAAGUACUCCGGCCGCUAUUUAGUCACAAGGAAGUUCUAUUGAAGAAAAUCAUCAGUCUACCAGUGGGACUGGUCUUGCUGCUAAAAGAGAGACACUUUCAAAUUAAAGACUACUAUUUCAUUGUCAUCUUUAGUACGCAACAACAAUUGCGUUUGCAUCAAUAUCUAACUAAAACGAAUAGGGUCAGGGUCAUGAUAUCGUAGACGAUUCUGCCUUAAAUAAGAAUCCAGUGAAAUUCG